UGUAGCGUGUCGUUUGUCGUUGUCUGUCAUGCUGAACUCGCAGAAGACUACGCGAGUGUAAGAAAUACUAAUGCGAGUGCUUAGAAAACACUGGUGUGUACUCUCCAAUUUUAAUGUUAUCAUCACAAGUUUUGGAAAGUUAGAAUGUUAGAUACUGUUCAGUUUUACUUGAAUGGUAUUGACUUAACGUAACAAUUUAAAUUUAUAGUUUUCUAAACACCGUAACUGAACAAAAAGUACACUUAGUUCAAAACUCAUUCAGAUCAUUAUUUCACUAUUUAUUUCAUUGAUAGAGUUCAUUUCGUAACUACGAGCAUGUUUUCUUCUUGAGUGACAUAGCUCGAUGGAGAGGCGCAACGUGUCUCGACAGGCCGGAGUUGCACCAGAUGGGCAGGAAGAUCUUGAGCAGGAGCCUGCCCAUCGUCAAGGUGGCCUUGGUGAUGACAAGAUCAAUGUUUGCAUCCUCCUAUUCUUAUAUGUCCUUCAGGGCAUUCCCUUGGGUCUUGCUGGCAGCAUCCCGAUGAUCUUGCAGAACCACCAUGUCAGCUACAAAGACCAGGCUGUCUUCAGCUUUGUUAACUGGCCCUUCAGCAUCAAGCUGCUGUGGGCACCUGCUGUUGACUCUCUGUUCUGGAGACGCUUGGGACGGCGCAAGACCUGGCUCAUUCCCACUCAGUAUCUCAUCGGGCUCUUCAUGGUGUUGCUGUCCUCAUCUGUGGCAUCUCUGCUUGGGGAAGAUGGUGGUCAUCCUAAUGUUUAUUUGCUCACCACAUUGUUUUUUUGCAUGAACUUUUUAGCUGCUACCCAAGACAUAGCUGUCGAUGGUUGGGCUUUGACUAUGCUUUCUAGGCGAAAUGUAAGUUAUGCUUCUACCUGCAAUUCAGUUGGACAGACGGCUGGCUACUUUCUAGGCAAUGUUGUGUUUCUGGCACUUGAAUCUGCCGACUUCUGCAAUAAAUACUUAAGAAUAGUCCCCCAGGAGGAGGGGCUUGUGACACUAUCCAGUUUCCUCAAAUUUUGGGGCGUCAUUUUCUUUAUUACCACAACGCUUGUGUUGCUUUUCAAGACAGAGAAAGAGGAGAGAAUAUCUGAUGAGAUUGGGAUCCGAGACACCUAUGUGAAAUUAUAUCGAAUCCUGUGCCUUCGCAACAUGUGGCUUAUGGUAGCAUUUCUACUUACUUGCAAGGUAGCCUUUGCAGCAACAGAUGCUGUGACUGGUCUGAAGUUGAUUGAAGCAGGGGUGCAGAAGGAGAAUCUGGCCCUGUUCGCUGUGCCUAUGGUCCCACUUCAGAUCCUACUUCCUUUUCUCAUCAGCAAGUAUACAGCUGGACCCAGGCCUCUUUCAGUAUUCCUAACAGCAUAUCCUUUCAGAUUGGCUUUUGGGCUUCUCUUUGCUGCUUUAUUGUGGUGGACUCACCAAGUAAAGCUCGAAUCGGGUGGUUUCCCAGUGUAUUAUUAUAUUGUUAUUUUGUCUGCUUUUGCAUUGCAACAGGUAACUGUAUAUGGCAUGUUUGUGGCAUUAAUGGCUUUCUUUGCUAACGUAAGUGACCCUGCCAUUGGCGGAACAUAUAUGACUCUCCUGAACACUGUUUGCAAUUUGGGGGGCAACUGGCCCUCUACCACAGCCCUCUGGAUGGUUGAUGCCCUCACAUUCAAGGCAUGUAGUGAACCCACGCUUAGUUGCGACACCAAAGAACUAGCUGCAAAAUGCGUUGAAUCUGGCCACGAGUGUCUUAUUCGGGCAGAUGGCUACUAUGUUGAGACUGUUGCAUGUAUCCUGUUUGGAUUCCUGUGGCUGCGCUGGGGACGGGGUGCUGUCAGGAGGUUGCAGAACCUGCCGCCCUCUGCAUGGAAGUGCCCCAGUCAUGCAAGAAUGAAAAUGGUGGUGUAAAGAGGUAGUCAUGUAGAAAAUUUUUG